AUGAGUAGUACCAUCUUUUAUCGUUUUAAAUCUCAAAAAAACACAUCGAGGAUUUUGUUUGAUGGUACAGGGCUUACAGUGUUUGAUUUGAAGAGAGAAAUUAUCCAAGAGAACAAACUAGGCGAUGGAACAGAUUUCCAGCUGAAAGUAUACAAUCCGGAUACAGAAGAGGAUUACGACGACGAUGCAUAUGUUAUACCCAGAUCUACCAGUGUGAUAGUGAAAAGGUCUCCGGCGAUAAAAUCAUUUUCUAUACAUAGCCGACUUAAAGGGAACGUGGGAGCAGCAGCCCUGGGGAAUGCGACGAGAUACGUUACUGGUAGACCGAGAGUGUUACAGAGGAAACAGCAUGCUGCCACAACCACUGCUAAUGUAAGUGGUGUCACAGAAGAAGAAAGAAUAGCUAGUAUGUUUGCCACGCAGGAAAACCAAUGGGAGCAAACACAAGAAGAAAUGUCUGCAGCUACCCCUGUUUUUUUUAAGUCACAAGGGAACAAGAAUUCAGCACAAGAGAAUGAAGGCCCGCCGCCGCCGGGCUACAUGUGUUAUCGUUGUGGUGGUAGAGACCAUUGGAUCAAGAAUUGUCCUACGAAUAGCGAUCCAAAUUUUGAGGGUAAAAGGAUCAGGAGAACCACGGGUAUCCCAAAAAAGUUUUUAAAAUCCAUUGAGAUAGACCCUGAGACGAUGACGCCCGAGGAGAUGGCUCAGCGGAAGAUCAUGAUAACAGACGAGGGGAAAUUCGUGGUUCAAGUCGAAGACAAACAGUCCUGGGAAGACUACCAAAGGAAAAGAGAAAACAGGCAAAUUGACGGCGACGAAACGAUAUGGAGGAAAGGGCAUUUCAACGAUCUACCCGCCGAUUUGAAGUGUCCCUUGACGGGAGGCCUUCUAAGGCAACCCGUAAAGACAAGCAAAUGCUGCAACAAAGACUUUUCCAAAGUGGCGCUGGAAGACGCACUGGUGGACAGCGACUUUGUUUGCCCCAACUGCGAAACCAGCGAUAUUCUUCUGGAUUCGUUAGUGCCCGACGAGGAUAAGCAAAAGGAAGUGGAAGCGUUUUUGAAAAAGCAAGAAGAUCUGGGCGGCAAAUCCAAAGAUGGCAAGCAGCCUGAAACCAAGAAAAUGAAACUGUUGGACACUACCAGCACUGCCGCCUUGAAUACUCCCACUCCUAUGAAUAACGGUGGCACACCCGUCCCCCCAGUACCUCUGCCCUUUGGCAUGCCGCCUUUUCCCAUGUUUCCAAUGCCCUUCAUGUCUUCGGCACCGACGGCUCCAAAUCCUCGCCAAACAGAGGCAAGCCCCAAGAAAUGA